CUGAGGGUGGCCGUAUAAACAACUUUAACACUGUUACAAAUAUGCGCCACACUGUGAACCCGCGCCAAACAAGAACGACAAACACAUUUCGGGAGAACAACCGCACCGUAACACAACAGAACAAAUACCCAGAAGCCCUUGCAGCAUGUCCCAAAUUCCCAGCUGCUGUUUUGAGGCAUGUUAAAAAAAAAAAAAAAAGCACUUUGUGACUUCAAUAAUAAAUAUGGCAGUGCCAUGUUGGCAUUUUUUUUCCAAGUUGAUUUAUUUUGGGAAAACCUUGUUACAUUGUUUAAUGCAUCCAGUUGGGGCAUCACAACAAAUUAGGCAUAAUAAUGUGUUAAUUCCACAACUGUAUAUAUCGGUAGAUAUCGGAAUCGGUAAUUAAGAGUUGAACAAUAUCGGCAAAAAAAAGCCAUUAUCGGACAUCUCUAUUCUCUACCUAUCCUAUCUUUGAACACAGGUGUACCUAAUGUUGUGGCCUCCUGUACUUCACUUUACGUACAUUUACGCAGAUCCAUCAUGGGUAUUUUGAUUACAUCUGCCAAUUUAUAGUAUUCUAAGUAAUCAUUACCGCGUACCACCAGUUAAUUACGGUUUCAAGUCCCUGGAAAAGCGCGUUAGGAAGACUUCCCUUGUCAACAUGGCGAGGAAAUCCCUCGGCCAUUUCCGGGUGCGGCGCUGGUCAGCUGACCUGCUGUGAGCCAAUCACAAGCGGAGCUGGGCGUAAACAAGCGCUGGGGUUUAAAAGGCGAAGUGGCGCAGUGACAAACAUGACUGGGAACUGAAGACUGAGACAUGAGGAUACCACAAGUGAAAAGCAGACAGGACACCUCCGGGGGGCUGUGGGACUCCGUGAAGAAGGCCGCCUUCGUCAUCGGCUCAGGGAUCUUGUUGUUGGCGGCGUUCGGUAACUCGCUGACGUGGCAUCUUCAGAGGUUCUGGGGAGCGUCAGGAGACUUCUGGCAGAACUUGUGGAGCAAACUUUUUGUCAUCUUUGAGGGUCACAAUGAAGCUUUAUUCUACAUGGGGACCAUGCUUGUGCCCACUGUGGUUUUUUGGGGUUUCAACGCUCUGCUGCUAUUGGUGGACACCACAGGAAGACCCGCCUUCAUCACACGCUACCGCGUCCAAGUGGACAAGAAUAAUCCGGUGGAUCCGGCCAAGCUGCGCCAGGCGUUGAGGACGGUGCUCUUCAACCACCUCUUCAUCUCGGGCCCCAUGGUGGUGGCCGCUUACCACCUGACGUCCUGGAGGGUCAACCCGUGCGGCCCCCAGCUGCCCACCUUCCACUGGGCCCUGAUCGAGCUGGCCUUCUUCUCCAUCUUGGAGGAAGUCUUCUUCUACUACUCCCACCGUUUGUUCCACCAUCCCAGCCUGUACAAACAUUUCCACAAGCAGCACCACGAGUGGACCGCCCCCAUCGGUGUGGUGGCGACGUACGCGCACCCCCUGGAACACCUGUUUUCCAACCUGCUGCCGGUGGUGAUUGGACCCGUGAUCCUGGGCUCCCAUGUGUCCACCACCUGCAUGUGGUACUGCAUUGCUCUGGUCAGCACCACCAUCUCACACUGUGGGUACCACCUCCCCUUCCUGCCAUCCCCGGAGUUCCACGACUUCCACCACCUCAGGUUCAAUCAGUGUUUCGGCGUCUUCGGCGUGCUGGACCGGCUCCACGGCACGGACACCAAGUUCAGGGAGACCAAGCAGUACGAGCGGCACACUUUUCUCACCUGCUUCACUCCGCUCAACGAGAGCAUCCCCGACUCUCCCAAGAAGAGCCAGUGAUCGCCUGGGCAGGGAGACAAGACCGUUUAAGCGGCACAACCAGCCUGUGUCGGUCCUUGUUAAAAGAGUUGUACCUAAAUACUGACUGACGUCCAUUCCAGAACUUUCUACUUCCUCCAUCAUCUCAGGUUAGAUCAUGCAGAAGAUCACAUAGCGGCUAAAACAAAUACAGUAAGAGAAUGGAACGCAACACCUUUAAUUGACCAUGCAAGCACGCCAUCUCGUGGCGAAAGCAAGAAACUACAACAGGACAAGUUCCAGAUCCAAGUGCACCCACUAGCGGCUGUAAAUAGUACUGCAAUGUAAUUCAAACUUCGGAACGUGGAAGCUUUUUCAAAUGUUUACUCACCGUUAGGAUGCUGUAAACCUGUUAAUGUUUUGCACUUUUUAACUACGCAGCACUUUAAUAAUUGUUUAUAAUGAGGGAAAAAUAAAGAUGUUAAAACAA